AUGUCAGCCCGGGACCGCUUCAAUAAUGUUUUCCGCCUUCAAAAUGACAGCGUCCAGUUAGACUCUUGGACGAUCCUCGACAGAAAACUCCCUUGGUCCCACCUGACAGCUCUGCACUUUGGAAACAUUUCGAUGCCGCCCAACGUCUUGUUGAUUCUUUUGCACAAGACUACGCGAACGCUACUCGACGGAUCUUUUCAAGUCGAUUUCCAAGUCAACAAUUACGCUGCUGGAGCCCCUGCAUCCUCGACCGAUCUUAUGACUCCUGGGGUACCGCAGGUGACCAUGACGAGGCUGAGGACCCUUGCGCUCCUUCUCGUCGGAGAGAGGUUGGACGAACAUUUCUUCACCCACAUCCACGUUCCUCAACUUAAGGACCUGCGCGUCGUGAUGAUGGUUUCUAAAGGAUGCCCUCUCUCAUUACUUCAUCCCAUCAUCGCUUCUUCUGCGAGGAAGCUCCAGCAGCUUGAGCUCAUCGCCGAUACCUCUUCCCAGCGCCAUAUCACACGCCCGCCCACCUACCUCGAGCUUGAGGUGCUUCUCGAGUCCGUACCGAACCUACACACCCUCCGCCUCCCACACAACGUCUACCUCCAUACUUCUACCGUCGACAAGCUCGGGUCGGGCACCCUCAUUCCGUCGCUUCAGACCCUUGAAGUAACUACGAGUAGCCCCGAGAACGCGGAAGAUAUUCUUUCGAUGCUGAUGAAGAGGAUGACCAGGGACUCGAGCAGCGCCGGGCCGUCCAACGUAAGGGAUGACGGAGACAAGUGCUCAGAGGAGCCCGUUUGCCCUAUUACCUCUGUUGUGCUCUCGAUGCCCGUCGCCGAGAGUGUGCGCUUCAUGCGAGACACAUUACCGAGGUACCCUCUCGUUCAUGGCGGCGUAGGGAUCCGGCUGGAAGGAUGGUCCUAA